AUGAACUACAAAUCAAUGCGCUUCGAAGGAAAUCAUGGGGGUAAUAGCGCAGGUGGUUCAUCAGUCUCAGUUGAAACUAGAGCACCAAUUGGAGCUUACAGUUUACCUCUACCUAAGCGAGAAUAUAAUAAUUCUGAUAUGAGCUCACAUCAGCAGCAAAACCACCAGCAACAAACUCCACAUACACAACAAGCAGAUCCCCAAUCAAAACCUCUAGCUGGAAACACAUCAAAUAGCUCAAUGGAGCACAGCAGCAGUAGUAACAGCUUUAGACCUUUACAAACGAAAUCAAUAUACAGUGGUCCUAUACCCCCACCAUCCUUAUUCAGAAAUAGCACCGAUGACUCACAGCAAACACAUGUUCCCCCGACAUUGCCACCGCUUAUGAGCGUUGAAGGCCUCGAUGGCGGCGUUACACGGAAGCGUAAGUCCUCAGACAUGAGUGGACAUAGUCAGCAGUCCGAGGAAGAACGGAAAGUUUCGCCCCGGACGACAUCCGCGAGGAUACAACAACCACAACAAGCACCAAAACGCGGGAAAAGUGCGCGUAGGAGGGCUUGCGAAGAGUGCGCUCGUGCCAAGGCUCGAUGCAAAGUUGAACCCGGUGACUCGGCCAAUCCACCCAUGUGUACCCGGUGUAAAAUGUACGGACACAACUGCGUUUUACCCGAAGGUUACGUUAUUGAUAGUGACUGGUUUGACCAAGAGGAUAGUCCAAAGAAGAGUGCUAGGCGAAAUACCAUCAAUAGCAUAGAUAGUGAGAGAGAACGAGAAAGACAGAGAAUGAUGGCGGUUGAUCCACCAUAUUAUUACCCUUCUCCACCGCAAUCGUACAAUAGAUUUGUACCACCGCCAGGUGCAUAUGUCUUUCCUCAGCAGCAGCAACAACAACAACAACCACCGAUGCAACCACAGGUGCAGCAAUCUAACAGAUACGGUUACCCUGCUAUGUAUUAUCCUCCCUCACCUGCUCCCUCGAUGGAUGUAGCUUUCUUACAAGCUGAAAUGGCUAGUCAUCCAUUCCUCAGAAAUAUUGCUGGAUAUGAUCUUAGCAGAUUGUCACUUUUCCUCUCAGCAGCUGUACGUGUUGGUAUUACGCAGAUUUCAAACCAACCAGGGCAAAGCUCACAAGGGCCAGCACCAGAUGAAAGAUAA